GAAGAGGGCGCACUGCAGCUCAACCGAACUGGUGUCAAAUUUCGUCGAAGACCGAAGUCUGGACAUAAACAGGAAGAGAGUAGGCUACGUUGAAUGAAGACAGAGCAGUUGUAACUUAAGUGACCAUGGGCAAGAGCUGCAAGGUGGUGGUGUGUGGCCAGGGGUCGGUGGGGAAAACUGCAGUUCUGGAGCAGUUACUGUACGCCAACCAUGUUGCAGGUUCAGAGACCAUGGAGACACUGGAGGACAUUUACAUCGGGUCUGUGGAAACGGACCGCGGCUCCCGAGAGCAGGUGCGGUUCUACGACACGCGCGGGCUGCGUGACGGUCAGGAGUUCCCGCGGCACUACUUCACUUUCGCGGAUGGAUUCGUGCUCGUCUACAGCAUCGACAGCAAAGAGUCGUUUAAACGCGUAGAGGCACUGAAGAAAGAGAUCGACCGCUGCCGUGAUAAAAAAGAGGUGACUAUUGUUGUUGUGGGUAAUAAGUUGGACCUGCAGGAUCAGAGGAGAGUGGACAGCGAGGCGGCUCAACAGUGGGCACGGCAGGAGAAGGUCAGGCUGUGGGAGGUUUCUGUGACCGACAGACGAACGCUCAUUGAGCCCUUUGUCCAUCUGGCCAGCAAAAUGACUCAACCUCAGAGCAAAUCCACCUUCCCACUCAGCCGCAACAAGAACAAGGGCAGUGGAUCCUUGGACGGCUAGAGAUCAAGAAGAUGGCAAUAAAGCUGGCAGGCAGAAUAACGUAAAGAUCUGUUAUAAGGGAGAUGGAAGAACAACAUC